AUGAAAAGUACCUUUACUACAGAUUUCCAAAUUCCACAUAGUUCAAGGCCGAAAGGACAAAUAGAACAUGCAUCUGAAAGUAGUUCUGAAAAUCAAAACAAAGAUUCCAUUUUUGGUUCUGACGAAAUUAUUUUCUCGUCAUCUGCUCCAAAUACGGGGAAAAGCAGUCACGAGGUGAAAACAUUCGAGGUGAACAUGGAGCGAUUGCUAGUGAAACAUACUUCACAUGCUUUAUCUCAUGCUCCGAAGCAUCGACAAAUUUCAGUUACAUCGGAAAAUUCAAUGGUUUCGUGUCCACUAAUGUCACCCAUUGAAAGUGUACUUCAUAUUAAUCCUAUGACACGUCUUGCAUCUUUAUUACGAACUUCAUUUAUUGACGAACGUAGACGGUCUAUCCAGGCUAUCGAUUUUACUGACCAGAAAUUAUACCAGAGAAGUGGUUCUCAACUACCCUUCGUCUUGGAAUGUGAUACCAUGGAAAGCAGACCACUGGUAGAAUCAACCUCAUUAAAUCAUAUCAAAGAGAACAUGAAAAAAAUACCAGAAGAAAAGAUUGCGCAAAGUGGGCUGGUACGACAAGUAAUACUUGAAUCUGAUAUUUCGGAAAUACCACUGUCACAGUGUCUUGCCAAACGAGUCAGUUGGUUAUCCAUAAAGAAUUUUCAGAGGAACGAACUAUUCACAGGAAUAAUGGCUGCAAAUAAACAUAAUCAUCAACAGAUAACGACAUUUAAUUUAAGCAAUGAAACAUUCAGCACUAGAGAUGGUUCCCAAAUGAACAAUCAAUUUGGUUCAAUGUCUCAACUAGAUCGCAGCAGUUUGUUUGACAAGGAAACUGAUACAUCACCUCUUGAUACCCUUAGUUGGACUAAUGCAGAUGAGUACGAUAAUAUAACAUUGAUGUAUGCGAAGCACGAAAAAAUCCCAAUGAAGGAUUUUGGAUCAGAAAUUCGGGCAACGAUGGACAUUGAUCAUUUGCUCAAUAAAUCUGUUCUUCUUUUGGAUUUGCAAGAAACUUCUCUCGAAGAGAUUUUUGCGAAAAUAAUUCAUGAAAUGGACAUUCAGGAACCAGAAUUUACCAGUGAGCAAGUUCGGUCGGUGCUUUUCACGCAAGAUUCUGGAAAUCAAUUCCAUAUACUGAGCCGAACCGUACAAAGUAUCUGCACAACGGGCACAGUCGGUGGUACUUUCGAUUACGAUCAAUCUUGGAUUUGUGCCUUGUGUAUGUUAAACACGGUGCAACACAGGCAUGUAGCAAUUGCUCGACUCAGCCAUCCUACUAAUUUGGGUCGUACAAUGCAAGAUCUGCGAUUUAUUAUCAUUGUUAUUGCCCCUUCGCGAGCGAAAGGCACCAAGACAGCACUUGAGACGACACGAACAUUUGCAACACUUUUUGCGGAUAUGGAUAUCAGACAACGACUUGUCAUGGCGCAAAGUGUAGAUCAAUUUAGAUCUACAUUACUGUCAGCAGCUAAAGAAUUGGCAGUGGAUCAGAAUCAAUGGCGAGAAAGAAAAACAUCGAUUCAUUUCAGUCAAGCUAAGGAACAAUUGUUUGGUCCUGGGAAAUGGUAUCUCUUCCGCGGACUCAGUAACGAUUUCCUUAGACGUAUUAAAUACUAUUCUUCUGACUACCUGGAUGGAUUGCGCGGUUCGAAAACAAUCCAAAAAUUGUUUAGCUCGAUAGUAUUCCUAUAUUUUGCUUGUCUUCUGCCAGCAAUUGCUUUUGGUGUUUUGAAUGAUGAUAAUACAAACGGAAGUAUUAAUGUGCGUAAAGUAAUUACCGCUCAAGCACUUGGUGGAAUAUUUUUCGCAAUAUUUGGUGGUCAGCCGAUGAUUAUAUUGUUGACAACAGUACCGCUAGCAAUAUAUAUUAAAGUGAUAUAUAAAAUAGCAGAAGAACUUGGCUAUGAUUUCUUUGCAAUGUAUGCUUGCGUUGGACUAUGGUGUCAACUUUUUCUGAUCCUUUAUGCAUCUACUGAUAUGUGCAGUUUAAUGAAGCUAGCUACAAGAUCUGCAGAAGAAAUGUUUUCGCUAUUUAUUGCAAUAGCAUUUACUGUGGAAAGUAUACGAGCGCUGCACACAAGUUUCAAGAAGAACUAUCACAAUUGUGAUAGUACCAAUGUGCGAAAAAAAGGAAGCGUUGACGACGAUCUAUUGCCUUCAUUCCGGUUAAAUUCGACAUCAUUCUCCUCUGUUGUUGAUAUAGCGGAAACGAGUACACCGUUUCAGAUGUAUGAUAAACUUUGCCAUCGAGACACUUCAAUUUUAUAUAUGCUUCUUAUGUUUGGCACAUUGUGGCUUGGUCUUUUUUUAUAUAACUUCAGGAAGACGCCUUAUUUGACAAGGUCACGUCGUGAAUGGCUAGCUGAUUAUGCACUUCCUGCUUCAGUUCUCAUCAUGUCGUUUACGGGUGCUUACUGUUUUUAUGAUAUCGAAAAAGACAAGUUCAAAAUGCGUACAAAUUUAUCGACAUUCACUGUUGCACCAGUGUUCUCACUACCGUGGCAGGGCUACUUCGUAUGCUUACUUCUUGGUUUCUCAUUAUCUUUUCUUUUCUUCAUGGACCAAAAUAUCACCUCAGCUAUUGUAAAUAAUCCACAAAAUAAAUUAAAGAAAGGUCCAGCUCAAAAUCUGGAUUUGUUUGUAGUUGCAAUACUGAAUUGUUUCUUGUCAGUAAUGGGUUUGCCAUGGAUGCACGGUGCACUACCGCACUCGCCCUUGCAUUUGCGCGCACUUGCUGAUGUGGAAGAACGAGUGCUGCAAGGACAUGUCCAUGAAGUAAUAAUGAAUGUGCGCGAGACACGGCUAGCUACAUUAAUAGCACAUUUAUUGAUAUUAAUUUCAACAUUUACACUAUUACCGUAUCCUCUCCAGUGGAUACCAACAUCCGUAUUACACGGUUUAUUCUUGUACAUGGCACUUACCUCUUUAGCUGGUAAUGAAAUGUUUGAACGAUUAUUAUUACUUAUUACUGAACAACAAGCUUAUCCGCCUACUCAUUACAUCAGGAAAGUUCCUCAGCGAAAAGUACACUUAUUUACUGCCUGUCAGCUUGUACAGCUUUUACUACUUUGCGCAUUCGGAUUUUCACCCUAUCCAUUUAUUGAAAUGGUUUUUCCAAUUGUCUGUUUCUUUUUCCUACCUAUCAGACAUACGUUGAUACCACGAUUGAUUGACUAUAAAUAUUUGGAUGCGCUGGAUGGAAGACAUUAG